CGCCUGUCCUCUAUCAACAAACAUCAUGGCGGCUCUUUUGAACUGGUGCCCCUAGUCGACGCACGCUCAGAAAUCCCACAGACCCUGAUAUUAGCUUUUAAACCUCUGUGUGAAACUUUGACGACCCGCAAUGUGUAGAUAAACGAAAUAAAUACCGAAUUCGUGCUUUCAUAUGUCUAUGUUGUGUGUCGCCCCACAUCCCAGCCCUCAGUGACUCCUCACCACACCACCAGCUCACCCCACCCCCUCCUCCUCUUUACACACACCGGCUAUCAACCACCCAGCCAGCCAGUCACCUCAAGUGCUACUACCACCGGCCGGCUGGAGCGGAGUCACACACACACACGGACCCACAGCAGCCAAGUAGACCUCGCCGCGUGUUUUUGGCUCAUCGUGGAGACAAACGGGACAGGAUAGGAGAAUGGGACGCCAGUGCUUGGAUCAGGACUGAGUCUGGUCGGCACGUUUACAGCACCUCUCCAGCCCAUUUACAUUACCUUUUCUCCCCGGCGCAGAGUCACGUUUUCGCCGCUGACACAAUGGGCUGCUGCAGCGGACGAUGCACGCUUAUCUUUAUUUGCACUUUACAGCUGGUCUUGGCUUUAGAGAGGCAGGUCUUCGACUUUCUGGGUUACCAAUGGGCCCCAAUCCUCGCCAACUUCUUCCACAUCAUCAUCGUCAUCCUCGGCCUCUUCGGCACCAUCCAGUACCGGCCGCGCUACAUUAUCGUAUACACGGUGUGGGCUGCUCUGUGGGUGGCAUGGAAUGUCUUCAUCAUCUGCUUCUACCUGGACGUAGGAGGCCUGUCCAAGGACAGCGACCUGCUGACAUUUAACAUCUCAGCCCAUCACUCGUGGUGGAGUGAACAUGGGCCGGGCUGUGUGAGGAGAGAGAUGCCACAGGCUCCGGGGAUUCGCACUACAGAGAGCCACUCCUACAUCACCGUCAUGGGUUGCCUCAUGGACUACCAGUACAUCGAGGUGGUGCAUAGCGGCAUGCAGAUUCUUGUUGCUCUCCUGGGCUUCGUGUAUGCCUGUUAUGUUGUCAGCGCUAUCACCGAAGAGGAGGACAGCUUUGAUUUUAUUGGUGGAUUUGACCCAUUCCCACUCUACCAUGUCAAUGAGAAACAAACUCAUCUCCUCUUAAAGCCCAUGUACCUGUCUACGUAAAUAGAAGACAGAGUGUCCAGCGGGGAGGUGACACAGCAAGUUCCCACGGAGACAAAAUGGCUGUUUUGACACAAACAUCCUGGUGUACAGGGGAGCACGCCAGACAUUCCUCCUCCUCUUGAUUUCAGUCCUUUAAACAUGUCAUUUACUGGUGUGCUGCCCUGAAAAAAACCAACUCUCCUCAGUAAGGGUCCAUUGUUUCCCAUAAUGGGUUCAGGAAUGAGGGGAUUACAGUGAAACAAAGACUCAUAUUUUGUAUUUAGGGAAGUAUCAAUCAUUUUCUUUGUGUUGAGUUCUCUACUGAGGUCUCUUUGCUGUGACCUGCCUGGAAUGAUCUACCCAAGAACAUGACUAUAUAGAACAUGUACAGUAUAUAAAUACAUAGUGGAUGUAAUCAGGGACUGCCCUGCGUUCCCAGUCUGCGGUGCCGUGUCUUAGAGGACUCAGUGAUUUAGCAUGUUAUUGCUGGUUUGGCUCAGAUCUUGGCCGGAGGGCUGAAUUACAGUGCAGUCUGCGGAAUGAGCCAUUGUGCGCUGCCUGUUUACUUUAGGCCAGGAUCUGUGUGCAUAAAUACACGAGCAAAGCAGGAAGAGGCUGGGGAGGGGGGAGGUAGAGGGGGGAAAUGAUGGGGGGGACAAAAACACCAAACCUAAAGGGGGAACGCAUCAAAAAUAGAAAAUGUAAAUAAUGAAACGAGAAGAGGGGGAGGAAUUUUAGAUCUAGAGUUUGAAAUGUAAACUAUCAUGAAUGCAAAAGCAAAUAAGAGGUGUUUGAAAAAGCAGGAACAGCAUGUGAGUCUUAACUUUUAUUUCUGGAGUCUUAUUCAUGUGACUAUUUCACCAACAGCCAAGUCAGUGUGUGUCUACAAAGUGUCAGAUGUUUUGUUAAAAGAGGAGCUUUGAAUUCACUCCAGCUCUUCUUCUCUAACUACUGACAGGCCGUGCUGCUGACAGAGGUGAUCAUUACACACACUCAAGCAAAAAUAUCACACAGCAUAUUUUUAACUCCAAGAAAGAGAUAGAAGUUUUUUUUUCUUUUCUAUUCACGUUGCACACAACAGUGUUGACUCGUCUGGGUAUGGUCCUCUGUGUAGAAGUAGCAUGGCUGUACCCGAGUGAACCAGAGCUGUGUCUCCUGUCAGUCUAGAUUCUCUAUGGUGAUAGUUUGUGAUUGUUUCAUAGCAUGUUUUUUACAGGGUUUGUAUUGUAAUUAUGUGUAUAGCAUAUUAAGCAACAGCAAAAGAGCAAAACUGAUGUAUGUGUGUGUGAGCUGGUGAAACUGUAGCUGAAAGUUGCUUACUCAGACUUAUUUUUUAUGACCCAGCAACAGACAACACAUCAGUAUUGAGGAUAAAGUUUACACAUGUGGGUCGUAUCUCUUUGACUGAUUAAUUUAGUAGCACUUUUUUUGUUAAUGUGAGAUCUCUCAGACCUGAUGUCAGUUUAAGCCAACUUUAUUGUUGCCUCUCUGCUUGUGUGAAUCAUUACUGCCCUCUGGUGUUCAAAGUGUUCAUGUACAAGCUGUAAGGCUAAUUCAGGUCCACUUUUACAUCAUUCUUCAUGUCUUGUUAUUUUUCAUCUGCAUAUAACCAUUAUUGUUAAAUCAGUUUAUUUUUGUGCUUGGUCAUGCAGGAUGACUCAGCACGUUGCCAUGAUUGUUUCAGUGUUACACCUUGUAUUCUGUAUCAUUAAGACUACACUAACAAAACUACAUUUGACUACAGAGCCAAGUUGAAAUUGAGAAUUUUGAAACAAAAAGUAGCUUUUUGUUCCUCUUUUGUCUAUGUUCCAUCACUCAAAAUAAUCCACAGAAACAGCAACAAGCUGUUAUGGAUUGUGAAAAUCAUCCAACCACUUCUGCUGACUCAUUUCAGAGUUCUAAGAGAGAACCAGUCACCUCUCUGUUUGGCAAGAUGCAAUAAUUUAUGUACCAUUAUUGUUUUUUUUAAAUAUAAUUUGAAGUUUACACACCCCUAAAGGCCUACUGGUGUGUGCGUUGGUAAAAAAAACAAAGCACCUCAUAUUGUGUUAGUAGUAAAUGCUACUAAGAAAUGUCAUGUACAAACUGUUCUUCCUCUCAGUGCAAUACAGCCUCUUCCUAAAGCCUGGUAACUGGAGUUAGUUGAACCUUUUAGGGUUGUGUAUGUGUGUGCUCGUCCCACUGAAAAAAUCCACCUGUUGAUAGAUAAUGCUUUUCUUUGUAUAGAAAAUGAAAAAAAACAAACACAUUUUUUUCUCCUCUAUUUUGUGUUUGUGUUACCCCAGCUCCAUGUGACCUGAUUGUGUACUGCUAUUUAUCCAGAACUGUGCUUUGUGGUCAUGUAAAUAGGUGUUUGUUAAUAAAGAAUGUGAUCUUUUAA